CCCCUCGAAACUCCUUUUUCUUUUUCUUUUUCUUUUAUUUUUCCAUACUAUUUUCCAUUUUUUUUUUGCCCUUUCUCGUUUUUUUGAAUCCCGCGCAAUCUCUCUCCUUACCAAUUCGCUUCUUCUUCUUCUUCUUUUUCGUCUUAGGGCUUAUCUUUUUCGAUUCCGCCAUGUUUCGCGCACCCUAAUUCUCUGUGAAAUCUUCGCAUCGACGCCAGAGAAACUCGCUCGCCUCGAAGCCAAUCAAUAACCGUUCCCAUGGCGGGGGAGGGGAAUGCUCCUCCCGGCGGCGGUGAUGGUGGCGAUUCGUCGUUGAGAGCUCCGUCGUCGUUCGUGAAAAAGGGCGACCGGCAAUUGUUCACGGUGGAGCUCCGGCCGGGAGAGACCACCAUAGUGUCGUGGAAGAAGCUGAUGAAGGACGCCAGCAAGGUUAACAAUGGAUCCGCUUCCGCACCCGAACACCGUCCCAACGUAAACCCUGCGCUCGAGUCCAGAAUCGCUCCGGGGAAACCUGCUGAGAUUGAAGAACAAGAUGCUCCUCAGACAAACCGUUUCAGUGCUGUAAUAGAGAAGAUUGAACGCCUUUACAUGGGUAAGGAUAGUAGUGAUGAGGAGGAUCUACUUGAUGUUCCUGAUGAUCAGUAUGAUACAGAAGACUCUUUCAUCGAUGAUGCUGAGCUGGAUGAGUAUUUUGAGGUUGAUAAUUCUGCAAUCAAGCAUGACGGAUUCUUUGUAAAUAGGGGGAAGUUGGAACGCAUAAAUGAACCUCCAGUAUUACCUAACCAGCAAGCAAAGAAAAGGCGCCGUAAGGAUAUAUCGAAGAAUUCUGGUGAAGAAGAUGGUCAUGGAUCAAAUAAUCAUGUUAAAGUGGGCAAGACAGCUGCUGGAAAGAAUGCAUUGUUACCUGGGAAGAAUAUGUCUAAUUCCUCACAGAAUUUUGUUGUACCGGGUGAACAUUAUGAAGACUUGAAAUUUCGGAAUCAAUUGGAUAUCUCUGGAAUUAGUUCAAAAAAGAAAAUUGCUGAUACUAGACCAAUAUCAGAUCCUUCUGUCUGUUUGAAAGUAUCAAAUGAUGAUGUUCCCUCUUCUGUGGCAGAAGCAAAAGAUGCUGAUAAACAGAAGAUAGGAGUACUUCAAUCUAAGAACACAAGUCAUAAAUAUAAAGAUGCAAGUGGAUUGCUUGAUACUUCUCAUCAGAAGUUCCAUGAAAAAAAUGCAUAUGCACAUUCCAAAUCCCAACUUGGAACACCCCCAAGCAAAAUUGAUGAGUUAGAAAAUACAGGUCGGUCAAAAGAAAAAAAUGGCACCCGUGAACUACCAGAUCUUAACUUGUCUGUGGGAAAAUCUGCUCUUCAAGCACCAAAAUCUGAAAACAUGCUCAAGAAAGAUGGUUCUAGUGUCAGGCCAAAAAUUACAAUGCUUGAGAAAGCUAUUCGGGAGUUAGCAAAGAUGGUUGCGGAAUCAAGGCCACCAGCUGUGGAAAACCAGGAGGCUGAUAGCACGUCCCAGGCAGUCAAACGAAGAUUGCCAAGAGAAAUAAAGCUAAAACUUGCUAAAGUUGCUAGAUUAGCGCAGGCAAGCCAAGGGAAACUUUCGAAGGAGUUAAUUAGCCGUCUUAUGAGUAUUGUUGGGCACCUGAUGCAACUCAGAACACUAAAGAGAAAUUUAAAAAUUAUGAUUAGUUCAGGUUUGUCCGCGAAGCAGGAGAAAGAUGAUAGGUUUCAACAGACAAAGAAGGAAGUUGUUGAGAUGAUAAAGAUACAGGCCCCAUCUAUGGAAUCCAAGCAACAGCAACAAGCUGGAGCAUCUGGGGAUCAAGAGUUAAAUCCUGAUGGAAAACCAAUAGCUAAAAAGAAUUUUAGUAUGGACACUGCAUUGGAGGACAAGAUUUGUGAUCUCUAUGACCUUUUUGUUGAUGGAUUGGAUGAAAAUUCAGGUCCGCAAAUCAGAAAGUUGUAUGCUCAGCUUGCGGAAUUAUGGCCAAAUGGUUACAUGGACAACCAUGGGAUCAAACGAGCAAUUUGCAGGGCAAAAGAGAGGCGCAGAGCACUGUACAGCAGACAUAAGGAUCAGGAAAAGAUAAAGAGGAAAAAGUUAUUUGCACCUCGGCCAGAGGAGAAUGUUCAAUUUAAUGCUAGCUCAAUUAAUUCGCAACAAAACACGCGUGAGAGAUCAGCUUCAGAAUCUAGCAGUCAUGCUUUUGCUUCUGUGAACAAGGCAGUUUCUAAUACAGCUACAGCUGCUCGGGUUCUCAAUCCUUCAGUAAAUGGUCCAAAACAAGAAAAAUCAAAGGGAAGUUCAAGUGGUUCCCUGGAUGAUGUCAAGGCUGCAGAUGGUGUUUUAAUAAAGAAGAAGGUAAAGAGAAAGCCAGAACUGGAGCUGGAAGGAACUCAUUUUCGCCCUGAGAAGCUGGCUUCUAUGCAGGGAGAAGAAAGGCCUAGGUCCCUAAAGCAGUCUGUAGUUCUUUCCCCCAAAUCAAACCUUCAAACAUCAUCUCUCCCUGGUCUUGAACAGUCAAGCUAACAUGAUAUCAACUAUGAUGUUUAGACAAAGGAAUGUCCGUGUAUCACAAUUUUUUGUUUUUUUACUAUUUUAUUUUUCUCUCAAUCCUCCCCUCCCAAAAUCAAUUUGUAUCCUACUAAUUGUUACCAUUUUUGUAAUUAAAUAUCCUUGCAAGGUCUUGCUGGUAGUGGUACUUUUGCAUUCAGCUUGCAAUUUUGAUGGGAAGACAAGCUUUAGUUAUCUAGAAUUGAGAUUGAGUAGAGUAGUUAUACUUGGCUUAAGACAAUUGAAGUAAAUUUUUGUGGUUCUCGAACACGUGUCAUUGAUCAAAAUUCAAUUUGAAGUGGCCUAGCUAGAGGUUAAA